CGGUGCGGUGCGGGGGGACAAGCCUUGGGGCUGAGCCUCCGCCCCCGCCCCCGGCGCGGCGGGGAAGAUGUUGCCGCUGUCCAUCAAGGACGAUGAGUACAAACCGCCCAGGUUCAACCUCCUCGGCAAGAUCUCGGGCUGGUUCAGGUCCAUCCUGUCGGACAAGACCUCCCGGAAUCUCUUCUUCUUCCUCUGCCUCAACCUCUCCUUCGCCUUCGUGGAGCUGCUCUACGGCAUCUGGAGCAACUGCCUAGGUUUGAUUUCUGAUUCUUUUCACAUGUUCUUCGACAGUACAGCUAUCUUGGCAGGAUUGGCAGCUUCAGUUAUUUCAAAAUGGAGGGAUAAUGAUGCCUUUUCUUAUGGGUAUGUUAGAGCAGAAGUGCUGGCCGGUUUUGUAAAUGGCCUAUUUCUGAUCUUCACUGCUUUUUUUAUUUUCUCCGAAGGAGUUGAGAGAGCAUUGGCUCCUCCAGAUGUGCACCAUGAGCGACUACUGCUGGUUUCAGUACUUGGAUUUGUCGUAAACCUAAUAGGGAUAUUUGCCUUCCAACAUGGAGGUCAUGGACAUUCACAUGGCUCUGGGCAUGGACACAGUCAUUCUCUCUUUAAUGGCGCUCUUGAUCAUGGACACAGUCACGGUGGGCACGGUCAUAGCCAUGAAUCCAAGCACGGUGUUGCCCAUAGUCACGAUCCUUUCCAUGGACAUGGACACUCGCACAGUCAGGACUGUCACGAUGGUCCCUUGAUUAAAGGAACAGCGGGACCAAGCAGACAGAUUUUAGAAGGGGUAUUUUUACACAUUCUUGCAGAUACGCUUGGGAGUAUUGGUGUAAUUGCAUCUGCUAUCCUGAUGCAGAACUUUGGUCUGAUGAUAGCAGAUCCUAUCUGUUCAAUGCUAAUAGCUCUUCUUAUAGUUGUGAGUGUUAUCCCUCUCCUAAGAGAAUCAGUUGGAAUAUUGAUGCAGCGAACUCCUCCCUUAUUGGAAAAUGCUCUCCCUCAGUGCUACCAGAGGGUUCAGCAAUUGCAAGGAGUUUACAAUUUACAAGAACCACACUUCUGGACUCUCUGUACUGACGUAUACGUUGGGACUUUGAAAUUAGUCGUAGGUCCCGAGGCUGAUGCAAGGUGGAUUUUAAGCCAGACACACAAUAUUUUUACUCAGGCUGGUGUGAGACAGCUUUAUGUACAGAUCGACUUCGCGGCCAUGUAGCGGAGUCAUCAUAACUUGGGCUCUUUGGACCAAAGUUUUCUGGUACUGUACAGUUGGAACAUUGCGCCCACCUUUUAAAAUGGAGCAACCACCACCACUUCCGUUCCUCAAGACCAAACAGGCUGAGCUGCCUUUUGUUGUCUACUGGAAGAGUUCGCGACUAAGGAAUCAAAAUUAAAAGGAUAUGUCCUGGA